GCUCUUGAAACCCUCUCUUGCUCUCUAGUUGCUGCGUCGCUCUCUCCUCUCAAAUCCCUAGUAAAUCUUGUUGGGGCGAUCCGAGAGAAAGACUCUGCUGCAAACAUGUUGGUUUACCAAGACCUCCUCACUGGUGAUGAGCUUCUCUCGGACUCGUUUCCAUACAAGGAAGUCCAUAAUGGAGUGUUGUGGGAAGUUGAUGGAAAGUGGGUUGUGCAAGGAGCAGUUGAUGUAGACAUUGGUGCAAAUCCCUCUGCUGAAGGUGGUGGGGAAGAUGAGGGUGUUGAUGAUCAAACCGUGAAGGUGGUUGACAUCGUUGACACAUUUAGGCUUCAGGAGCAACCUCCUUUCGACAAGAAGCAGUUUGUCACAUGGGUGAAGAGGUACAUCAAACUGUUGACACCCAAGCUGGAGGGGGAGAAACAAGAGGAAUUCAAGAAGAACAUUGAGGGAGCAACCAAGUUUCUGCUUUCGAAGCUCAGUGACCUCCAAUUCUUUGUUGGGGAGAGCAUGCAUGAUGAUGGCGGUUUGGUGUUUGCCUACUACAAGGAGGGUGCCACUGACCCAACAUUUAUCUACUUUGCGCAUGGUUUGAGGGAGGUCAAGUGCUAAGUAUUGGCACAGCUGGCUUCAAGCAGAAUGCUUGUUGUAAUCCUAGUCUAUAUUGUUGCUUUUUUUUUUUUCUUCUCUAAAUUGGGGAAUCAGGAGUCUAUUUUUGCUUGUUUUCUUUAGAAUGUUUUGCAUUUGGUGACUUGAGGCUUUAUGCCACCUUCUAUCUCGGUUUUUAAUGGUAUUUUCGAAUUUCGACUUGGAUUUCUAAUUUAUUUGGCUCUAUGUUUUGAUUGAGAAAUAAGAAUAAUAUUGUAUUCUAGAUUUUAGCA